AAUCAAGGGAAGCUGGUUUUCUUGCGCUGUGGAUCAGAUCUGCAGUCGACGCGCGGCGGUGCGCACUAACCACCUGUGCCGUAUCUUUCUACGGAUUAUUCUCUGUCGUUCACAGAAUCCGAUGAUGCCGCUCUCAUGUUCUCAUCCUUUGGGAAUGUUCAAAUGAAGAACACAUGUGACCGUUUCUGUGCGCCUUUUCGGGGACUGUUACAACAUGGACUAAUUGUACUCAUCACCAUGGGAUUAUUGCAGUUGUUUCUUGCGUUAUUUUGCGUGGCAGCAGUUGCUGCGUAUGGAGUGGAUCCAGCGGUCCGGAUCAGCGUGUUCCAGGAGUUCAGCCCAGCAGAUGGUUUUGCAGGAGUAACGCAGGUGCAGGGCUUUCACGAUGACACCAGAGCUUUCCUUUUCCAAGGCUCGUCGCGAAGCGUCAGGGUCCCGGAUGACGCCGCAGCUCGCAUGCUCCAGAAACUCAGAGGAAAGAGUGAAUUCACCAUCGCGCUGACGCUCAAACAGGAGAAACUCAAUUCUGGAGUCAUACUGUCCAUCCAUCGAGGAGAACAAAGGUUGUUAGAGUUAGAGAGCAGCGGUCAGAAAAGCGAGGUGCGUCUUCACUUCCAGGUUAAAGGUCAACAGACGCACACUGAGAUUUUGCCCUACGUGCUCGCAGACAACCAAUGGCACAAAGUCUCGGUGGCCAUCAGCGCUUCACAUGUUGUGCUCUAUGUAGACUGCAACAGAAUCUACGAGCGAGUCGUGCCGAUUCCUCUCAUGGAAAUACCACAAGACGCCUCGUUCUGGGUCGGCCAGAGGAACAGCGCUCACGGUCUGUUCAAGGGCGUGAUGCAGGACGUUCAGAUUCUGGUGAUGGCUCAGGGAUACGUCACGCAGUGCCCCGACCUCAACCGCACCUGCCCGACCUGUAAUGACUUCCACGGCCUCGUGCAGAAGAUCAUGGAGCUUCAGGAUAUCUUGGCGAGAACCUCCAGCAAGCUGACUCUGGCCGAGGAGAAGAUGAAAGGUUUGGAUUCUUGUUAUUGCGAGAGAACCUGCCAUGUGAAAGAUGCGACCUACAGAGAAGAUCAGACUUGGACGGACGGCUGCAGAAAUUGCACAUGCUCGAAUGGAACAGUGCGGUGCGAGAAGAUUUUGUGUCCCUCUCUCGACUGUCCUGAUGGUACGACGGCGGCGUAUGUGUCGGGAAGCUGCUGUAAGGAGUGUCAGUCGAUGUGUCUGUUUUCGGAGCAGAUGUUGGUGGAAGGGGAGUGUCGUGCCGUGCAUCAUCCGAGCAGACCCUGUCAGCUGUUCGAGUGCAGGGACCGCACGAUGCACAGAGUUUCAAACGCUGAAGACUGUCCAGCGCUCACCUGCCCUGAAUCUGAACAGCUGACGCUCACCGACCGGUGCUGCAAAGUCUGCAGAGGUCACGACUUCUGCUCCGAAGCCAACGUCUGCGCAGAGAACUCCGAGUGCAUAAACUUAGACGCCGGAGCCGGCUGCAGCUGCAAGAACGGCUUCCGUCCCCUGCGCGAGGACGGCGCGUACUGCGAAGAUAUCGACGAGUGUGCCGAGGGGAGACAUUACUGUCAUGAGAACACGCAGUGUGUGAACACGCUCGGAUCCUUCAUGUGUAUCUGUCACACUGGAUUUAUCCGCAUUGACGAUUACUCCUGUACAGAGCACGACGAGUGUGCGUCCGGACAGCACAAUUGUGAUGAGAACGCUCUGUGUUUCAACACGGUCGGCGGUCACAGCUGCUCGUGCAAACCCGGAUAUACAGGCAACGGGACCACCUGCAGAGCCCUCUGUGACGGACGCUGUCUGAACGGCGGCUCGUGCGUGUCUCCAAACAUCUGCAUGUGUCCGCAGGGCUUCAGCGGGCAGAACUGCGAGACGGAUAUCGACGAGUGCUCUGAGGGUUUGGUGCAGUGCGAUGCACACGCCGCCUGCGUGAACUUACCUGGCUGGUAUCACUGCGAAUGCCGUGACGGUUACCAUGACAACGAGGUGUUCACCGCCAACGGAGAGUCGUGUAAAGACAUCGACGAGUGUCGCACGGGACGCAGCACAUGCGCCAACGACACCGUGUGUUUUAACCUUGACGGAGGAUACGACUGUCGCUGUCCCCACGGUCACAACUGCACCGGUGACUGUAUCCAUGACAACAAGGUCAAGCACAACGGACAGAUCUGGGUGCUGGACAAUGACAGAUGCUCGGUCUGCUCGUGCCAGUCGGGUCGGGUCAUGUGCAGACGGAUGGUGUGCGACUGUGACAACCCCACGCUGGACCUGUUCUGCUGUCCGGAGUGCGACCCUCGACUCACAUCUCAAUGUCUUCAUCAGAACGGCCUGUUGACCUACUCCAGCGGUGACACCUGGAUCGACAACUGCCAGCGCUGCCAAUGUCUGCAGGGGGAAGUGGACUGCUGGCCUCUGUCCUGCCCACCGUCCGACUGCGACUUCACGCUGGUGCCCGAGGGCGAAUGCUGCCCACGCUGCAUCUCGGACCCGUGCCAGGCACACGCCGUCCGCAAUGACAUCACCAAGACCUGCGAGGACGAACACGGGAUCACGCGGUUCAGCGGCUCCUCCUGGGUCAAACACGGCACGGAGUGCACGCUGUGCCAAUGCAAGAAUGGACACGUCUGUUGCUCAGUGGAUCCCAUGUGUCUUUAGUCGUCGAGCUCGACGCUAACAGCACCUGUACAGUCUCACACGACCACCUCGCCCCCACGACCUUCCCGAAUUUAUGCCAAAUAUGAAAUGUAUUAUAUCAGACAUUGAUCGCAUCUGAAGAGGCCAUUUCUGCACAAACACGGACUAUCAGUUCAUCUGAAACCCCAUAAAUAAAAUAAACACGCUGUACAUGCCGGCAUGACCACAUUGGAUGUUUAAAACAAACGAAAAACACAUUUUUAUCUCUUUGAGCACUGAAACGGACGUAGAUAUUGUAGCUAGCGGUAAAUCUUGUUGUGUUUCUCUUUUGCCUGGUUAUGGAAGUCGAUGCUGUUUUGUGUUUCCACAGCACUUUUUUUCCUUCGAUUAGCUCUCUGUCUUUUUGUCUGGAUUUUGACUUAUCAUAUUGCUUGUUCUUGUCUCAUGGUGAAUAAAAUAUCUCCAUUUCCA